AUGGCCAGAGGGCUUCACCUCUCCUUCUCCGCUAGGAGACGUUCUUCAUACCAUGACGACGAGGAAAUUGGUGAAAGAGGAGACUGGAGAAAUCAGUGGCAGUCACAGGGAGAGCUCCGGGAGCCACUUGGAAGCGUAGUGAGCGCCGAUGGAGCUGAUGAGGUCGGGGCGGACGCCUUUGGACUUGAUGCCGGGGAUAGUCUGGUGAUUGAACGAUGA